GAUGCCAAUUCCUGCUAUCCGCCUUGUUCCUUUUCAACCAUACUUUUAGCGGGCUUCUAGAGUGCUUUACGGUUUGCCGUAAAGAGCACUCUUUUUUGCGGUAUUUUGCGUCAUCAAAGAAUCCUGCUAGAGUUCCGCGCGAGGAUUUGCUGCAGGGCAGGAGACGAAGGAAGCAGGUGGAUGGUGCCCUUGCUGCUGAGGUAUAGGUGGUUCAGUAUGAGUGCCUGGGAGGCUGGUCAGGCGCAAGGGAUACCCACUGUGCCCCUCUCCAAUGGCUUAAAUAUCCCUGUGUUGGGACUGGGAACGUCCCAUCAUGGCGGUUACUCUCACGAUGCUGUGGUGUAUGCACUACAAAAAUGUGGUAUUCGUCAUAUUGACACAGCAAAGAGAUAUGGUUGUGAAUCACUCCUGCACAAGUCUAUCAAAGACAGCGGUAUCAAACGAGAGGAGCUCUGGCUAACUACCAAGCUCUGGCAUAUGGAUUAUGGCUAUGAGAAAACAAAACAAGCCUGCUUAGAAUCCUGCAAGAGACUUGGCGUUGACUAUUUAGAUCUUUUUUUGGUGCAUUGGCCUGAUGCUCACAUCCCUGGCAAAAGCAAUCGAGAAGUCAGAGCAGAAACCUGGACAGCCAUGGAGGAACUAUAUGAGAAAGGCUUAUGUCGCUCUAUUGGAGUAAGCAACUUUCUCAUUGACCAUUUGGAGCAGUUAAAGGAAGACUGUCAGGUAACACCUCAUGUGAAUCAGGUUGAAUACCACCCUUUCCAAAGGCCUCAAGAACUAGUGGAUUACUGCUGGAGCAGGAAUAUUGUUUUUGAAGGUUACUGCCCACUUGCUAAAGGUGAAGCCCUUAGUCAUCCUAAUGUAGUUCAGCUUGCAAAGAAAUAUGGCAAAACUCCUUCACAGAUCUGUAUUCGCUGGAGCAUACAGAAUGGCAUUGUAACCAUUCCAAAAUCUACAAAACCAGAAAGAGUUCAGGAAAAUUGUCAGGUCUUUGAUUUUAAUCUGGAAAAAGAAGACAUGGAAUUUUUAGACUCAAUGAACAUCAACAGAAAACUGAUUCACCUUACCUACCCUUUGUGGAAAGGAUAAUUCCAAACUGUAUACUUGCAAGUUUCAGUUACUCAUAACAUGAUCUCUGAACUAUCCCAAGCUUUUCUCCACAAACCCACGUAAUGCAAUCAGGGCUGUGGUGAAUAAUAUGUGAUUGUUUAAUAGUGCAUGCACAAGCUUCUCAUUCUCUUAUUAACAAAUUAUUUGAGUAAUCCAAUGUUCUCAUCUCCAAAUCUCACUAAAAUGCCAUUUUGGAAAGUUAUGAGUCAUUCUUCAAUGCAACCAGAUCUGAAUUUUAAAGAAUUAUAUUCCUGAAGACCAAAGGCCUCUUGCAGCCACAUGAUCAUGCCAGUGUAAGGCAGAUGGAGUUUGCUGUCGGAAAUUAACAUAUCUGGUUUAUUUGAGUUCUUGGUUUUUGUACAAAAGUUACAAAAUAAUUUUAAAAACAGAUGCUAUCAAACUAUUGUAAUUUAAUUUAAACCAAUACAGCUUUUUUCAUGGAAA